GGCCGGCCCAGCUGCGCCGACCAAGACUUUCAGUCUCCACCCUCUUCAGAUUCCUUCUUUUCUGUUUUGUCUUCUUCACCGUCAGUGCUUGAUCCUUCUCUGAGACCUUCAACGAACGAGCCACCAGCGAGUAGUCUAGAUCAGUACUGAUCGAUCCAACGUUGCUCGGCAAGGAUGAACAGGGUUCAUCAACAGCUGCCCAUCGGCAUCGAUCUCGGCACGAGCUAUUCCUGCGUUGCCGUGUGGAGACACAGAUGGGCGGAGAUCAUCCCCGACGAGAUGGGCAACCGCACCACCCCCACCUGCGUCGCCUUCAACGGCACAGAGCGCCUCAUCGGCCACGCCGCCAAGGCCCAGGCUUCCAUCAACCCCACCAACACCAUCUUUGAUGUUAAGCGUCUUCUUGGCAGGCGCUUCAGUGAUCUCUCUGAGCGAGGUCACGUGAAGACUCUGCCAUUCGAGAUCACUGCAAGAUCCGAUGACAAGCCGAUGAUAUUAAUUCAAUACAAGGGCAAGGAGAUGGAAUUUGCCGCAGAGGAACUAAUCUCCAUGAUCCUAAUGAGGAUGCGCAGCAUCGCCGAAUCCUAUCUUGGAUCCUCAGUCCAAAACGCAGUGAUCUCCAUCCCGGCGAAAUUUAACGACCGCCAGCGCCAGGCCAUUAGGGACGCCGGUCACAUUGCUGGCCUCCACGUCAUGCGUCUCAUCAACGAAGCAUCGGCAGCCGCCAUCGCUUACGGCCUCGAGAAGAAAGGUAGUAGCGGUUCCUACAGCAACGGUGAGAAGAAUGUGCUUGUCUUCGACCUCGGCGGCGGCAGCCUCAACGUCUCUCUUAUAGCCAUCGAAGAGAGCAUCGUGAUAGUGAAGGCAAGCGCCGGCGACGUCUACCUAGGCGGCGAGGACUUCGACCAGCGACUCGUGGACUACUUCAUCCACGUCUUCAAGACGAAGCACAACAAGGACAUCAGCGGCAACCAGAGGAAGGUCACGAAGCUGAGGGCGGCUUGCGAGAGGGCGAAGAGGGCUCUCUCGUCGGCAACGCAGACGACGAUUGAGAUCGACUUCCUCUCCAACGACACCGACUUCUACGCCAACAUCACGCGCAGCAAGUUCGAAGAGCUUAACAACGAUCUCUUCACGAAGUGCAUGGAGGCCGUGGAGAAAUGCCUGAGAGAGGCUCAUGUCGACAAAAAUGAGGUGGACGAAAUCGUCUUGGUGGGUGGAUCUUCGAGGAUUCCAAAGAUACAGCAGCUGUUGCAGGGCUUCUUCAAUGGCAAGGAACUCUGCAAGAGCAUGAAUCCGGAUGAAACGGUGGCUUGUGGUGCUGCUGCUCAUGCAGCGAUCUUAAGUGGCCAAGGUAACGAUCAACUGGAGGAUUUUCUGCUUUUGGAUGUCACUUCCCUCUCUCUAGGAUUGGAGACUGCCGGAGGAGCCAUGAAAGUGAUGAUUCCGAGGAACUCCGCCAUCCCCACCAAGAAGGAAAUGCUCUUCUCCACCCACCAGAGCAAACAGCAGGGCAGGGGAGUUUGUCAUGAGCUGAUUCAGACGGUUGACCAAGACGAUACAGCAGUGAAGAACUCGAGCAAGAAUGCGGACGAUUCCUCCCCCUGUAGAGUAUCGAUUCAGGUGUACGAAGGUGAGAAAUCAAAGGCAUGGAAGAACACACUCCUAGGCAAAUUCGAGUUCUCGGCCGUCUCUACGGGCACCAACGGAAGACCAAAUAUUAUGGUGACUUUCGACAUUGAUGCCAACUAUGCACUCACUGUUUCAGCCAAGGACAUGGUCACCGGCGUCAAGAGCAAGCUGAGCAUAACCAACAGCAAGAAUAGACAGAACAAGGAAGAGAUUGAGAAGAUGGUUGAUCGAGCUCAGAAGCAUAAGGCGGAGGACGAUAAGCAUGCGAAGAAUGUGGAAGCCAAGAAUGCAUUGGAGAACACGGUUUAUGACAUGAGAAAUGCGAUGAGGGAGAUGGAUGAGGGGAUUGAGAAGGCCAUGAAUUGGUUGGAGAGUAAUCAGUUGGCAGGAGCCGAUGAGUUUGAGGCCAAAAUGGAAGAGCUGAGGAGAAUGUGGAACCGCAUCAUGCCCAAAGUGUAGAUAAGUGAAAAGAGAAACAACAUAUGGAAGUUAAUCUGUACCAAACUUGUGAAGGUGUAUGUAUUUCUUAAAGAUGCUGAACGUCGACUAUCUGUGAACUGGAAUAGAUUGAAGACCAUGCUGCAAAUGGCUUUCACAGCCUUUUCAAUCUAAAGGAGAGAUCGUUUAGUUUAUCUUCUUUCUUUGUUGAAAGACUUGUAAUCAUCGUCGAACUUCCUCGGAAGUUCUUCACUUAACUUUCUUAUUAUAAAUUAAUCCAACUCAACUUCCCACUCGUUUUCAGAACUUUCGGUCGAUGCGCAAGAAAAAGGAAAGACGGGACUCUGACAUGUUCUAAAUCACAUGCCACACGUCUCUCGAUAAUUUGACUAGGACCAGUAAUAAAUCCACCACCACAUCGAAUUCCAAGCCCUACUCUCUCGGAAUCAAAUCAACCUUAUCAAAGCAAGCGAACGAUCUCGCCAAGAACACAACAUCCUCGCACUUUCCUCUAUCCAAGCAAAAGCUGAACCUGAUAAGGGAAAAUCCUAGAGUUUUGUAUUUGUCUUGUUCCGGUCUUUGCUCCGUCUAAGAGAGAUUUUUUGUGCAAAAAACUUUGUUUUAUUCCCUACUUCCCACGGAUUUGUGAGUGCGUCGGAUGUUUAGUAUAAUAGAGUGAUUUUUAUGCUAAAAAUGUGAUAUUUCUUCCUCCUUUCAUCAGAUUUGUGUAUGCCAUCAGUUGUGUUCUUUCCUUUUCCAGGUAAUCUUCUUGUGGGGCAGAGAGUUGCAACUGGAAGGCAAAAAGAUGCGAAAUUUUCGCAGUUUGGGCUUCGGAUUGAGCCUUGUUUCAGGCAUCCUCUUCCUCGCUCUUGUUGCAGAGCUUUACUAUCUGUUUUGGUGGAAGAAGAAGAGCAAACAGCGGCAUGGAAGAUGGCGGUUACAGGAACUGCUACGCCGAAGAUCUUUUCCUCCCUCUCUUUUGCUGGAGGAAACCAUCUUCCAUGAGUUCGUCGGCCAUCAAUCCGCAAGAGAUCUCUAAUCCGAUUGAAGCCAAUCAAGGAAGAUGAUGACACAGUGUUGCCAGAGCUGAUGAGGCUGCAGGGCAAUGCACGCCUUCCCAGGUUUCUCUUCACCAACAAGGAGGAAACCAGGGAGGACUUGGAGCCAGAGGACGGGAGAACCCGGAAGGGAUCAAGAGGGAGGAGCUUGAGUGAUUUGUCUGUGGCUUCAAGCACUCCAUUCUUGACGCCUCUCGCCUCCCCUCCUUGUUAGUUAGAGUCCUAGAGUCAAUCAUUUGAUGAUUGUAUUUUGGACUUAUUGUAUCAUAUUCUAUAUAAAUAAAGGCAUUUAAAUUUUGGUUAUUA